AUGGCCGACCCAGACGAUCCGCUGGCCAAUCCCCGUGACCGCGGGGCCAAUUCGCAGUUUUACUCCAGGGGGCUGCGACGGGACCCUGCCGCCUUUGUGCGCCAAUCAAAUGGUCUGGCUCCCGACGCCGUGGCCACGCCACGGCGGCUGCCAUCACCAGUCAUUGUUGAUGAUGACGACGAACUACCCGAGGGCGUCUUUGACCUUUUGGAUGCCUACUCCCAGCUGCCGGGCCCACCCGAAGCUGGGAACCGCCCCGCGGCUUCGCAACCCUCCUCGCAGCGCCCUGCUCAAGCAUCGUCACCUGCUCCCGAUGAGACGGCAACCACACCUGCUCCUGAUGCGGCUACAACUACCGCCGUUCCCGACACAACUGCUACCACGCACUCGCUGGUCCGACCGGGCUCCUCUGAUGAUGACUGUGGCGAUCACGGACGCAUUGCGUUUUUGACGCAACAAGUUAACAAACUACGACAAGAACAUCAAGAGGAGCAGAGUCGCGUAAAGUCAUCCUGGGAAGCGCGCAUCAAGCGGCAACUCGAUGAAAACAAGGCUUUGCAAAGCGAACUCACCAGUCUCAAGGUGGAGGCCGAAUUUAGCAAGUCCCUUAAAUCGCAGCUUCAAGAGCUGCAACGUGAAAACAAGCGGCUCAAGGCUCGACGAGAUGCACAGCUUCACAACGACCCCGCGCCCACUGCAACCCAUGUAUCAACGGAUGGGCCGAGCACUCCCCCCGCGCAGCUGGCAUCCCCCGCACUUCGCACCCGCCGCCAUUCAAGUCGCUCAAAUGAUAGUGGCUGGAACAUGUCCUUCGGUGGACCUCGCAGCAGCAAACGCGCCAAACGCGAGCCUGCGAGCUCGAGCCAGUCCAAUCGCCCGCAAACACCACCAACAACCGCCGAUGUCGCCGUUGAGGUCCGAAACCACCCUUGCGCAUAUUGCAUGCAGAAAAUUCAAACCCCCUUCAAUGCGUUUCCUCAUCAGCCGCGUACUUGUCGUGCCAUCAACGCAGGCACUGGGUCCUUGUGCACCAAUCCUUUGGACGCGCCUCGCUGCACAGCCGUGCUCUUGCUGCUGGCCUCCAGUGCCGAUUCGCUUGCCCGACUACAUGCCUGUGCCGCCUUGGCAACAGGGCAGCCCCGCGUUUUAACGGCAUCUGGGCCCGGCUUUUUAGAAGCAGCCGUGGGGUCGAUUCGCACUGGAUUGCAGCGUCUUCUUGCACUUGAGCUCUCUCCGCCGGCCCUGCAACACGCCUUUUUUCUCGUGCUUGCCGUCUUGCCCCGUUGGUCGCCGGCUGACCUACCCGCCGACCUCUUUGUGCCCAUGAUCCAGCACCUGCUUGCUCGCCUGUCAGAGGCCGCUGCCUCACCGACACCUGCACUGGACCCACUCGAUACCGUCAUCUUGAGCGCCAUCGAACAUUUGCCAGACGGAGCAGCCUUGCAUGCUCUGAAAUUCGAGCUCGUCUUCUCCUUGCUGGAUGUUGCCGUCACAGCUGACGUUUCCUGGGAGAACAUGGGAAAUCGUCCUCUGGCCACACUGUGCACGAAAUUGGCCGCCAACUUGGUUGACACGCUCUCACAGUUUGAAGUUGAGCGCCGUGCCACCUGGACGCGUGCGGGUCGGCUAGUGCAUUUGUUCGUGGAUGGAGCGCAUCAGUUGUGGACGGCCAUGCCUCGAACUGGAGAAGGCGUGGACAACGCAAAGCACGCCUGGAGCUGGAGCUUUGCUCGCCUCAAAUUCCUCAGCAUCCUGUGUCAGGCCGUUCGCCAUCACCGGCUGGUGCCAACAGGCGAUGUGGCCCAGGUGAAUCAGGAGCUCAAGAGGCUGAAGCUGUUGUUACACCACAUGGGCAGUGGCGAGGCAGGCACUCUCUUGGAGACGAGUUCAGAGGCCCAUGACCUUUUUUGCCUGCUCUCAGAGGUCUGCGACCCAGGCAUUGAUAGGAACUGAUGACUUUGGGAUCAAAAGCCGUUUCAUGGCACGUGUAUGAUUGCACAUCUCGUGCUCAGCAUUUCGGCUGAGCCGACAACUUUUCCACAAUGGUUCGAGCACGAGAGAAAAAUGACAUGAUUAUUAUUUCGGGUUGUGAUGUGCACAGAGUGACAUUAAUUUGACGGUUCAUCGGUUUAGAAUGUCAAAUUGAUGCGUGCACGCC